AUGGCUGAUGCUAGAUGUUUAUCAGCAUAUCUUGAAGAGCAUAUGAUGGUUCUUAAGAAUGCAAAUGCAGGAGAUUUUGACAAUGCAGUUAAGUGUAAUAUUUUAAAAUCUAUAAUGAGUAGAAAAUAUGUUCCAGUAUUAGCAAAUAAUAAUCUUGUACCUUAUGAUACUCCUGAUACCUAUGAAGCCAGAAUUCAACUACUAUUAUUAGAAGUAGCAGACAAUAAUACACAAGUUUUAAGAUUUCUUAAAAGUUAUUUAAUAGAUAAUUUUUAUACUUGGAUGAGAAUUUUUAAUCCUGCAGGCAUUAAUUAUAAAUCUAGUAUCUUAUUCUUUAGCACUAGUUACCCAGCUUCUCAACAGCAAAGGCAUACAAUUUCUUUAGAAGAUAUGCAAAAAGCAAUCCAAAACACACUGGUACAGCAAAAAACUAAAUAUCAAUCUUUAUUAGAAAAACAAAAAACUGAUUUUCAAUCACAAAUGACUAAGCAAAUGCAAAUACCAGUAAAUGAAAAAAUGCUUCCAGAACUUAGUCAGCUUGAAACAUACAAUGAACUAUUACCAAAGCUUUCAUUAGCAAUAUGUAAAAUAUGUCAGUCUCAUAUAGUCCAGAAAAAAGAAUUAAAAUUAGAUGAAUGGUUUUCAUUAUUGCAAUACUUGCAUUGUAAUGUAAAUGAUCUAUUGAUUACUAAUUCCUUUUUAGAUAAUGCGAGUGAAUUCGAAAAAGGUAAUUCCAAAUAUAUAUUUAAAUCAUUAGGAUGGUAUACAGAUAUGCCAAUUAGUAUAAAGAACAAAAAUGUUCAAGGUAUUCUUGAUUCAAAUAAAAAUCAAUUUCAAAUGAAGUUACAUGAAAAAACUUACACUAUCCUAACUUUUAGCAAGACUACAGAGGUUAAUGAACCAGAGCAACAAUUUUCAGAUAUGUAUGAUAGUAGAAUUCUUGCAGAAAGAUGCUCUCAGCUUACUGAGACAAAAACAGACGUAUAG